AGACUCCUCUCAUCCGUCUCAACACAGCGAGAAAUAACACGUUCACUGAUGCGUCGAACGGACUUUCCAGAGGACAGCAUUGGUGUUUUUCAUGAUUAACUACUGGAUAUAUCACCAUCAGCACCACAGGAGGGAUCCAUGUGCCAAGACAAGAUCAAUAUUCUCUCAUAAAUAAGGUGCAGCUCUGAUUGAGAUGGCCAUGUCACUGUGCUGCUACAGGACAGUUGUAUUGGUUGUGGCCUUCUGUUUCCUGCCUUGCAUCACUUCCUCCCUCAACCUGGAGGAUCCCAAUGUCUGCAGCCACUGGGAGAGUUACUCGGUGACAGUGCAGGAGUCAUACGCCCAUCCCUUUGAUCAGAUUUAUUACACCAGCUGCACUGACAUCCUCAACUGGUUUAAGUGCACCAGACACAGGGUGAGCUAUCGGACAGCAUAUCGAAGAGGAGCCAAGACCAUGUACCGGAGAAAGUCCCAGUGCUGCCCAGGCUUCUAUGAGAAUGGAGAGAUCUGUGCUCCUCAUUGUGCAGAGAGCUGUGUUCAUGGCCGUUGUAUGGCCCCCAACACCUGCCAGUGUGAGCCGGGAUGGGGGGGCUCCAACUGCUCCAGUGCAUGUGACAGUAACCACUGGGGUCCCCACUGCAGUAACAGAUGUCAGUGCCAGAACGGCGCACUGUGUAACCCAAUCACCGGAGCCUGUAUCUGCACUCCUGGAUACAGAGGCUGGCGCUGUGAGGCCCAGUGUGAAGUGGGCACCUAUGGAAACGGAUGCCAGCAGAAAUGCCAGUGCCAGAAUGGAGCCGCUUGUCACCACGUUACUGGAGAAUGCAAGUGUUCGCCAGGAUACACUGGAGUUUUCUGUGAAGACCUGUGUCCUCCAGGGAAACAUGGGCAGCAGUGUGAGGAGAGAUGUCCAUGUCAGAAUGGAGGAGUGUGUCACCAUGUGACAGGAGAGUGCUCCUGUCCUGCAGGAUGGAUGGGUACAGUGUGUGGUCAGCCAUGUCCAGAGGGGAGAUUUGGACAAAACUGUUCGCAGGAAUGUCAGUGUCACAACAACGGUUUCUGUGUGUUGUCUACUGGACAGUGUCUCUGCAGCCCUGGAUUCACAGGAGAGCGGUGCCAGGAUGAGUGUCCAAUCGGUACUUAUGGUGCUGGCUGUGCAAAGACGUGUCGUUGUAAGAACAACAGCAAGUGCUACCACACCAACGGAAUGUGUUUGUGUGAGCCAGGAUACACAGGGGAAACGUGUGAUGCCCGACUGUGUCCUGAAGGACACUAUGGCCUCCGGUGUGAUAGGAAGUGUCCAUGCUACGCCCAGAACACACACAGCUGCCACCCAAUGUCAGGAGAGUGUACAUGUCAGCCUGGCUGGUCAGGCCUCUACUGCAAUGAGACGUGUACCCCAGGAUUUUAUGGCGAGUCCUGCCAGCAGGUGUGCCAGUGCCAGAACGGUGCUGACUGCCACAGUGUGACUGGAGAGUGUAUCUGUGCUCCAGGCUUCAUGGGUCCCAACUGUUCAGUCCCCUGUCCAGCAGGAACACAUGGAGUGGAGUGCGCAUCCAUCUGUAACUGUAAGAACAAAGCUCAGUGUUCACCUGUGGACGGAUCCUGCACCUGUAAACCAGGGUGGCACGGGGUGGACUGCUCUAUCAACUGUCCCAGUGGUACCUGGGGUCUGGGCUGUAACCUCACCUGCAUGUGUGGCAACGGAGGAGCAUGUAAUGCCCUGAAUGGUCACUGUACCUGUGCUCCAGGCUGGAGAGGAGACAGGUGUGAACUCCGCUGCCAGGAUGGCACAUACGGUCUGGACUGUAAAGAACGCUGUGACUGCAGUCAUGCUGAUGGAUGUCACCACUCUACUGGGCACUGCCGCUGUCUGGCUGGAUGGACUGGUAUCCACUGUGACAGUGUGUGUGCAGAGGGCCGCUGGGGCCCAAACUGCUCCCUCCCCUGUAACUGUAAGAACGGAGCAUCCUGCUCUCCAGAUGAGGGAACGUGUGAGUGUGCUCCAGGAUACAGAGGCACUACGUGUCAGAGGAUCUGCUCUCCGGGUUACUUUGGUCACCGCUGCAGUCAGACCUGUCCACAGUGUGUCCACAGUAACGGACCGUGCCACCACGUCACAGGACAGUGUGACUGUCUGCCAGGCUUUAAGGGGGCGCUGUGCAACGAGGUUUGUCCCAGUAGUCACUUUGGGAAGAACUGUGCUUGGAGCUGCAGCUGCACCAACAACGGCACCUGUAAUCCCAUCGACGGCUCCUGUCAGUGUUAUCCAGGAUGGAUCGGUAGCGACUGCUCCCAGCCGUGUCCGCCUGGUCAGUGGGGACCCAACUGCAUCCACACAUGUAACUGUCACAACGGAGCCUACUGCAGUGCUUAUGAUGGAGAAUGCAAGUGCACCCGAGGAUGGACUGGCCUCUACUGCACACAACGCUGUCCUUUAGGUUUCUAUGGGAAGGACUGUUUUCAGACCUGUCAGUGUAGGAAUGGAGCUGACUGUGAUCACAUCACUGGACAGUGCACCUGUCGCACCGGCUUCAUGGGACGCCACUGUGAACAAAAGUGUCCUCCUGGUUCCUACGGUUAUGGCUGUCGUCAGGUCUGUGACUGUCUAAAUAACUCCACAUGUGAUCACAUGACUGGUACAUGUUACUGCAACCCAGGCUGGAAGGGAGCUCGCUGUGACCAAGCUGGUGUAGUGGUGGGCAGCCUUAACAGUUUGACCAGCGCAGCCAUGCAGGUGGACACCUACCAGAUUGGAACCAUCGCAGGAAUCAUUGUCCUGGUGCUCCUGGUGCUCUUCCUCCUCCUCCUCUUCGUCAUCUACAGGAAGAAGCAAAAGGGCAAAGAGCCUACCAUGCCAGCUGUGACCUACACUCCUGCUAUGAGGGUCACUGCUGAUUACACCAUUACAGAUGCUCACCCACCAGCGUGUGAGACCCACCCCAGCAACUACUUCUCCAACCCCAGCUACCAUACUCUGACCCAGUGCAUCAGCCCCCCACAUGUUAACAAUGGUCCCUAUGGAAAGGCCAAGAGCAAUCAGCUGUUUGUGAACCUGAAGAAUGUAGAUCCAAGAAAAAGGGCUCGAGCUGAACACUCAGGCACACUGCCUGCAGACUGGAAACAAGAAGACUGCUUCAGUGAACUGGGAGCGUACGGGGUUGACAGGAGAUACAUGGGGAAAUCUUUACGAGAUCUGGAUCUGACGGGCACACCCUAUCAUGCCAGCUCCUGCUCUCUCAACAGCUCUGAAAACCCCUACGCAACGAUAAAGGACCCUCCCCUGUUGAUAGCCAAAAACACAGAGUGUGGCUAUGUGGAAAUGAAGUCACCAACCAGACGGGAUUCACCAUAUGCCGAGAUCGGCAACAGCAGCCCCGGCAAUAACCGCAACGUCUACGAAGUCGAGCCAACUGUGAGCAACAUCCAGCUGACCGGAGACAGCAAUGGCCACGUACCGUUUGGUCAGGAUCCGUACGAUCUACCAAAAAACAGCCACAUCCCCUGUCACUAUGACCUCCUGCCAGCCAGAGAGAGUCCGUCCCUGGAGCACAAGGAGCUGGACAGUGAAUGAUGGCACAGAGACUCAGUACAGAGACCAGGUCUCACCUCCAGUGUGCAGCUCUGCCACUGGCUGUUCCACAAAAAUGCACACUUUAUACCCACUGCAUACUUUCACUUGUUUUCUAGCUGUUCUACUUUGACACUGUCAUUGUAAUUAUGUAUCACGACUUCUUUCUGAACAAAGUGGGUAUGGAAGAGUUUGGAGGUUAGUUUUGGCUGUUAUUUUUUUACAGCAAUGUGUUAACUGCAAUGAAGUCUUCGUAGGUCAUUCCACACGUCUGGGAGGUAACGAAUGAAGCAGUUUGUAUGAUGUAUUGUCAGCCCACUGCUAAUGGCAGAAGUGUUUGCACCUGUCCUAAAUGGCCACACUGAAAGGUGGGCUGAAAGGCUGGCUGUCACAGCCUCCUUCUGACGGCCUGCCUGAUCUUUCUGCAAGAGCUCUGUCUUUUUUGUCUUGUAGUCACAAGACACAGCAAAUUGUACAAACCUCAACAACAGAAACAUUCAGAUGGUGGCAAAGCGUUUGUGGUGUUGUACACUCAAAAAGUGACCUGUCCAUACCUUGCUGUGUAAAACAUUGCAAUGGAUUAUUUGGAAAUCAACAAAAAGUUGUCAGAUGCAGCCCCACCCAAAGGCGGUUUCAGAUAUUGUUUGUUUCAAGCGUACUGGAGCCUUCCUGAUGUUUGUGUAUCACAUUCAACACCAAUCAAAUCUCUAUUUUUGUAACAGUAGUAUCAGAAAAUGGCUAAUUGGAGUGAAUAUUAGCAAUUAUAUCAAAGAUGAGAUGUUUGUUAAAGUUUUGUUUUUGUGAGGAAGAGUGGUAGCGUCAAGCUGCUCACAGUGUUUCUGAUAUUUGAAUAAUCAGUGUUGGAUUAGUAUUUAAGUUAACCAAAGGUACAAAUUCCAUUGAAAGACUAUGUUUAUCACCAUAGUUCAAAGCUAUGCAAAUUGUUUAAUACAAGAGGUUACAAGCUGAGCCUUUUUUCAUUGUAACAGAGUUUAAUUUUUGAUAAUUUCCCACUGAUUUCAAAUCAUUUCUUUUUCAGUUCAUCAAGAAAUCAAAUAAUACAUAGAAAACAGAGAUGUAAUUUUAUUUUAAGCAGUAACAAACCAUAAUUGAUCAUUGGUCAUCAUAUCAUACAUAGUAAUCCGUGAUCAUUAUCUCCACUCUGUGACACCUGUUGCCUUUUACAGCAGUUCUUUGGAUCACGAUGUUCUUCCGUACUUCGUAUCAAGAACUUGUGAGCACAAGUGCACAACACAUAUUUCUUAUGUGUCUUUGAUUGAUUGAUCCACCCUACUAAGCCAUUGUAGUUCAUUUUAAAUGAUGAUCAAAGUUGUGGGUAGUAUUAGAUCAGCAAGGAACGAUGGCAGAGGAGAUAUCUGCACACCAAAGUGACUGGGCUAGAAAGCCACAGAAAGAUCCACAGGUUGAAAUCAAUGCAAAAACAGUCCAUUUAUUAAAGACAUCUGUGCAUAAAAAUGGUGCUCAAAGUGCACAAAAAUGAUAAAGAAUUAGUAAAAAAAAAAAAAGCAGCAAACAUUUCAGUCCUUGACUGUCAUCAGUGCUACUGAUAUGAGUGCUUCACAGAACACAUACAGAGACAGACAGAUUCCGACCAGGUGCGAUAAAUCAAUCAGCUGGUGCCACUACUUAGAUGACAUCAACUCUGAGUGGAGAAGCAUGACUACCAAAUCACAAUGACCUAUCAUACGAGUACUACACAACAUCUAGUACUAUUCUCAACAUCCUCAAACACCAAUACAUGAUGGCAGAAAAUAUUAUGCAAAUGUACAAAACACUAAAACUAUACACAGAAUGAAAGAAAAGAAAGGGCAAAAUAUGACAAAGCAUGUUCCACAAUGCCAUGGUGGUACAUACAGAUGCCUAUAAAUCUGCAUGCAGAUACAAAUGUAAAGCACUCUUGUCAACAGUGCUUUGCGUUAGUUCACGCAUGACAUGGAAGUCAUACACCCCAGCUGUAACUAGCUGACAGCCAGCUGAUAGAAUUAUUACUUCUAAUCAGUCACACACCAAUCACAGCCCAUUCUCAAAACAAGGCAGUCCAUUUAAAUAUGGCCUCCUACUCACUGAUCCUUGCUACAUCAUUGCUACCACAUACCACUGCUGCUGCAGUUGCUGGCAAAGCUUUGCCUCCUCCAACCUUCCUAUUUCAGAGUCCUAACAUUGUUUAAAGGUUAAAAGGGUAUUUUAGGUUUUGCUUUGGCCUUACUCUUGUAUACCAAGGGGGGUUUUCUGCAUUGCGCUCCCUGUUUUGGUGUAGCAUGCUGCUUGUCUAAUCCAGGGAGCAUCUUAAGAGUGAAGCCAUCAGCACCAAGCAUAAGUAUUUCCAUUUGUUUCAAUAAAUAUGAUGAUGAUAGUCAAGGACUGAAACAUUUGCUGCUGUUUCUACUCAAUCUUUAUCAUUUUUGUGCACUUUGAGCACCUUUUUUGUGCACAGAUGUCUUAAAUAAAUAGACUAUUUUUGCUUUGAUCUCAGCCUGUGGACCUUUUUGUGGCUUUGUAGCCUAGUUACAUUGGUGUGCGGGUAUCUAAUCUUGCAGUGCAUGCAAGGGUCAAGUGAGUACCGAAUUUGUACAUCAAUAUCCAAUGACAAUGUGGGCAGAAUCAAGAUAACAAGAACAUCCAGAAGAGUCCUAAUUUUCCAGCACUUGUGCAGGCCUCCCAUCUGGGAUGCUAUUCAUAAACACUGAAAGUACUUCAUUUUCUGAGAAUAAAUGUUUCAAACUGGUAUUUUUA